UUGUUGUUAGUUUGUGAAAUUUGUUUUGGGUAGUAUUAGCAAAGUUUAAUUUAACGCAAUAUAUAGUGUGGUACAAAGAUUUAUUUAACUUACCCUUACCACCCAGUAACCACCGUUUCAAUUCCGUUUUCACCUCUCCCCAAAACCCUCACGCAGCCGACUCUUUUUUUUUUUACCAUACCAUGGACCUCUUCGCCGCUGAACACGUCGCUCCAUUUCCCGACACCGGUGACCUUCUCUUCGCCGCCGGUCUCCUCUCCAACCACCACAAUCCCCAAAAACUCCGCCCCAUCAGGUCCCUCCCACCUCCCCCCGGUUACGUCGUCCAUGCUGAGCUACCUCACAAGAACCUCGACACUCUAGAACCUUCCAUCCACCCACUUCACCCGAAUGGAUCCGGGUCGGGUCAUUCCCAACUGCCUCGCGUACACGAAUCCAGCUCCUCGUUGGAUGAUGAAGAUGAUGUUGAAAAUUCAUCUGGAAGCACUAAAGAAUUCGGCUCCAGAAAAAGAAGGAAAAAGACAGCGAGAAAGAUUGAAGAUUUUGUAGAAAAUUUGGUAAAAAAGGUGAUGGAAAAGCAAGAGCAGAUGCAUAACGAAUUGAUGGAAAUGAUAGACAAGAAGGAAAAGGAAAGAAUACAGAGAGAAGAGGCUUGGAGGCGCGAGGAGAUGGAAAGAAUUAAGAAGGACGAAGAAGCUAGAGCUCGAGAAAGGUCUCGUAAUUUAGCCCUCAUAUCGUUCCUUCAGAAACUAUCGGGUCAUGAAAUUCCGAUUCCUCAACCAGCAGAAGAAAGCAGAAAAACAGAAGAGAAUGAAACCGAGGUGAACAACAGAAAAGAUUUCAACAGUGAUCCAAGUAAUAAUAGAUGGCCAGAUGUGGAAGUACAAGCACUCAUAUCAGUAAGAACUUCAUUGGAACACAGGUUUGGUCUAACGGGAUCAUCGAAAGGAUCAAUAUGGGAGGAGAUAUCUGAAGCACUGCAUGGCUUGGGAUACAAUCGUUCGGCGAAGAAGUGUAAGGAGAAAUGGGAAAACAUCAACAAGUACUAUAAGAGGACGGUGGGGAGCGGCAAGAAACGGCCUCUAAAUAGUAAAACUUGCCCUUACUUUGAUGAAUUGGACAAUCUGUAUAGAAAUGGGACCUUAAGCAUUGGAAAUGCAUUGAGCAAUACCAACAGUGUUUCUAAGAAUGAAGAAAAGGAGCAGUGUGAAAUUUGAUAAUCAUAAAUAUGGCAUAUGUAAAAUUUUUACAUUCUCAUUAUUAGUCAUUUUUCUUUUGAAUCACCUUACUAAUGAACUUUUUUUAGAAAACAUACCAUCUCAAAUUACUUAUGUUCUUUCUUGUAUUGAAAGUAAUGAUCAGUUUUGUGAAGUAUA